AUGACGACCAUGGAUCUCCGCGUCGGCAACAAAUACCGAAUCGGUCGAAAGAUCGGCUCUGGUUCGUUCGGCGACAUUUAUUUGGGCACCAACAUUAUCUCUGGAGAGGAAAUCGCCAUCAAACUGGAGUCUGUGAAGGCGAAGCACCCCCAGCUUGAAUACGAGGCGCGUGUGUACAAGUCACUUGCCGGUGGCGUUGGUAUUCCAUUUGUCCGAUGGUUCGGAACCGAAUGUGACUACAAUGCCAUGGUUCUUGACCUCCUUGGGCCCAGUCUGGAGGACCUGUUCAACUUUUGCAACCGUAAAUUCUCGCUGAAGACGGUUCUCCUCCUUGCCGAUCAGCUCAUAUCCCGCAUUGAAUAUAUUCAUGCCAAGAGCUUCAUUCAUAGGGAUAUCAAGCCUGACAACUUCCUGAUGGGCAUCGGAAAGCGCGGAAACCAGGUCAACGUCAUUGAUUUUGGUCUCGCCAAGAAGUACCGCGACCCGAAGACUCACUUUCAUAUCCCCUAUCGCGAGAACAAGAACCUCACCGGUACCGCUCGCUACGCCUCCAUCAACACCCAUCUCGGCGUGGAGCAGUCUCGUAGAGAUGACAUGGAAUCCCUCGGCUACGUCAUGCUCUAUUUCUGCCGCGGCUCUCUGCCCUGGCAGGGACUGAAGGCUGCUACCAAGAAGCAGAAGUAUGACCGCAUCAUGGAGAAGAAGAUGACGACGCCUACCGAAGUCCUUUGCCGAGGCUUCCCCAAUGAAUUUGCCAUCUACCUGAACUACACUCGUUCUCUUCGCUUCGAUGAUAAGCCGGACUACAGCUACUUACGCAAGAUCUUCCGGGACCUCUUCGUCAGAGAGGGCUUCCAGUACGACUAUGUCUUCGAUUGGACCGUUUAUAAGUACCAGAAGAAUGCCCAGGCUAUUGCCCAGGCCGUUGGUCAGGCUGCCGACGAUGAUGAGAAGGCACGCGCCUCGCGAGCCAACGCCACUGCGGCUACUCCAUCUGGCGCUGCCAAACCUGGCGCUAUUCCCAGCUCUCGCCGCAAGAUGCUUGAGCGUGGCUCUGGCGCUGGCGUUGACACCCCCGAUACCAACCGCGCCAUCGGUGGAAGCGAUAGGAUUGGACGAUAA